CGCGCGACUGCGGCGGACGCCCCCCGGGGCUUGCGUUUGGCCGGUGGGGUGGCGCCCAUCGUGUCGAUCGCCGCCGGCUGCUGGCGCUUGGUGGCGCGGUAGUCUGGGCGGGCGGCGCGUUGCUGUCGGGAUCACGAGUGGGCGGGCUGAAGAAAAAUAAUAAUAAUUGACCUGAUUUUUACGGGACACCAGGGUCCCGCCAAAUGAUUCAUUUCCCCUAGCAAUUCGGCACCCCACUUAACUUGGCGUCCUAGGCCUAGUUCGCCUGCACGCACGGGCUGCCUCUGCAUAUUUGUUAAUUUGUGGUUAUCGCGCGAUGCAAAUUACAACUGGAGGAUUACGCAUUUUUUACUUCCAACCCCGCUAAAAUCGGUGAUCGAUAAGGCCGGACGCCCUUUGCCUGCCACGAGUUCAAGGAUGUAUCGUGGCUACACAGGGCAAAUGUCAAUUAUGGGGUCGGGAGGUGGGUGGCUGGGGGGUUACUUGCGGGCACAGGGGAGUGAUGCAGCUGAUGAUCAAAGAGCAGAGAGGAACAAAAAGCCAUCGGGUCGGCGCUGGCCGGGACUGAGAGCUCCUGAGAUCUGGGGCAUCAUCAUCUGCAGCUGCUGCUGCUACUCCGUCACCAUGUCUCCGGCGCUCAUCCUCGUCGCUGCCUUGCUCCUCUCGCUUCUGUUCGUGUUUGUGAGAACGCGCAAGAGGAAGGAUGGUGAGCCGCCAUUGGAGAAUGGGUGGAUCCCUCAUCUCGGGUGUGCUUUGGAUUUUGGAAGGAAUCCUUUGGAGUUUUUACGACUUCGAAGGAAAAAAUAUGGAGAUAUAUUCACAUGCAAAAUUGUAGGAGAUUACUUCCACUUCAUUGCAGAUCCAUUUUCUUAUAAUUCUAUGACUAGAGCGGGAAGACACUUGGACUCUAAAAAGCUGCAGUAUGAAACAGCUGCAAAGGUUUUUGGCUAUCGAAAUAUGGACCCCAAGUUUGGUUUCACCGGUGAAGACUUGCAUCAGACAUUCCAUAAAACUCUCCAAGGUGACGCCCUGGAUCCAGUGACUGAAAGCAUGAUGGAGAAUCUGCGAGAAGCAAUAUCCAACAACGAACGCGUGAAACCGAACCUCGAGUGGAAAGAGGAUGAACUGUUUUCGUUCUGUUCUAGGAUAAUGUUUGAAGCUGGAUACCUCACUCUGUUUGGAAAGGAAGCACAGACGUGUGGUGUUAACAAAAUAUUAACUCUCUCAAACACAUUUGAACAGUUUAAAAACUUCGACAAAAUUUUCCCUACCUUGGUAGCCGGAGUCCCCAUUCGUCUCUUAAGGAGAGGUUACAAAGCCAGAGAAAUACUUGCCGACAUUCAUCGGCAAGGCAAGUUAAAAAAGAGGGAAAACAUGUCCGCCUUAAUUUCACUUCGAAUUCUCUUGAACGACACCGUUUCCAUAUAUGAAGAGGUGGAGAAGGCAGGAACACAUGUUGCCAUGUUAUGGGCAUCUCAAGCCAACUCACUGCCGGCUGCUUUCUGGAGCCUGUAUUACGUCUUAAGGUCUCCUGAAGCUCUGAAAGCUCUCAGGAGUGAAAUUCAGAAGCUGAUUCAAGACACAAAGCAGUCCACCGGCCUCAACGGGAAACUACGCUUGACUCGUGAAGAAAUUGACAGUUUGCCAAUCUUGAACAGCUCAAUCAAAGAGGCCCUCAGACUGUCAAGCGCAUCCCUCCACUUUAGGAUUGCUAAGGAAGACUUUGAUUUGGUCAUGGACUCCGGGGAAGCGUACCACAUUCGAAAGGGGGAUGGCAUCGCUGUGUACCCACCUCUGAUCCACUUUGAUCCAAAUAUUUAUGAACAACCAGAGGAGUUCAUAUUUAAUCGGUUCCUUGAUGAAAAUGGACACGAAAAAACAUCCUUUUCCCUCGGAGAAAGAAAAAUCAAGAACUACUGGCUACCCUUUGGUUCUGGUGUUGCCCAGUGCCCAGGUCGUUACUUUGCAGUGAAUGAAGUCAAGCAGUUCAUGAUCGUUAUGCUUACCUACUACGAUUUACAACUCCUUGAUCCCGAGAGCAAAGUACCACCUCCCGAUAAGACACGUGCUGGUAUUGGAAUUAUACAUCCCGAAUCGGAGGUCAUGUUCAAAUAUAAACUACAGCCUUAAAUAAAUACAUAAUCUCUAUAGAGCAGUGAUAUUCACUAAUUUUCAAAGGCGGGGUGGGGGGGGGGCACUUUUGCCGAUAAGACACCAUCAGUGUGAGGGCCGCCACACAUUUGAAAUCAUUGUUGAGUUUGACAGCAGCAGCACGAUGAUGAUGGGGUGUGUCAGAGGCCGCAAUUAAUGCCACCAGGGACCGCCAGUGGCCCCCGGAACUUGCAAUGAAGAACGCUGCUCUAGAGUAAACACAAGUCGAGUGUAUCUCAAAUGCUCUAUGCCACAAACAUUGCUAGAUGUAGGGUCCGUCCAUAAAUGACGUCACGCACCUGGGGGGG